AUGAGAUUCUUAUUCUUUUUAAUUGUUUGUGUUUUAGCAUUUGCAUCAAGUGUAGUUCGUGCUAUUGAUUGUCAAAUGUGCCAAUUUGCUUUCAGCAUCACUGAAGACCUCAUGUACCAAAAUGCUUCAGUUGCUGAUAUCAUCCCAGCUUUAGGCUCUGCAUGUAACUACCAUGGUGAAGAAUUUGCUGAAUCAUGUAACGACCUUGUUGACAACCUUGGUAUGGUUUUAAUGGAAAAAGCCAAUGAACACGAAGAUUCACUUGCUGCCUGUACUGAUUUGGGUGUUUGUGAAGUUGAAAAUGAUCUCCUCAAGAAACAUCACUGGAAAAAACACUUAAAACCACACAAAUGGAACCCAUUAAAGAAAUUAAAGUGUUCAGCCUGCAAACAUGUUGUUAAAGCUGCCGGUAAAGUUAUUAACAAAGGUACUGAUGAAGGUAAACACUUUGCUUCAUCUGAAUGCAAACACUUAGGUAAACCAUUAUCCCACGUUUGUAACAAAUUGGUCGGUAAGAUUUUCCACAAAAUUAUUGCUGAAUUAAAGAGAAAUGAAGAUCCAAACAGAGUUUGUCACAAACUCCAUAUGUGCAAAUAA